CCCCACAACAUCCGGGCUCCCACGCCUGUAACCCGUUGCCAUGGAGAUUGGCUGCCACACUGGAAGACAAGGUUUCCACCCACUCUCUCCCUCCCCAGAUCUGGCAGUUUACGCGACACGGAUCGUUCUGGCUUCGUCCUUGCUGCUGCUUCCCGUCGAUUCAGUGAGAAGACCGGACCCUGCGCCCUCGCCAGACUUCUCGCCAUCAGGAAAGAGCUGCUUUUGUGAAAGAGAGAAGAUGGAGAGACAGAUCGACUGCGACUUGGAUAAGAAAAGUACUUUGUCUUCAGAUGCAGAAGUGAAACCUGAACCACCAGCUCCAUGUGUGAACCCUGGGAACCCUGUGUUUUCCUGUAUGAUGGACCCCAAGACACUCCAAACAACCACCUCACUGUCUAAACCACAGAUGAUUAUGUACAAAACCAAUUCCAGCCAGUAUGGUGCCUUCUCACCUAGACCCCAGUUCUUUCCCUGCAAGUACAUUCCAAUAGAGCAAGUGUUCUCAAAUCACAUCAGAGCAACUGGGUUUUAUCAAAAUAACAGCCUAAAUACUGCCCCUGACAGAACCAGGACCAUUGAUUUUCCUAACUUUCAACACACUCUCUGAAAAUACAUCUUCCUGACAACUGAAGAUAAAAUGUACUUGAGUAUGUUCAUUUUUAAGUCUAGAAUGCCUAAUUUCUGAACAUGAAAGGAUUUUAAUGACUUUUAACAAAGAUAUAAGUACAUGUUCUAAAAUACUUUUAAGAAAUAAAAAUUUUAACUGAUAACUUAA